AGAGCUAGAAGGAUGCCAUGAAGGAAAUGACUGCUUUGUAAAAUGACGGUAAACUUCUGAAAUGCCUUGAUUAAAAUAAGCUAUAUUAAACACCCCAAAACCACUUCCCUCGCAGCUUUCCUCUGAAUGUCUUUCACAUGAAAUGGGCCUGAGUCACUCUAAGACUCACCCUAGGGUGAUCAAAGUAGCACCUUUGCAAAACAAAGAGGUAGAGACUCCCUCGGCUGGCCGUGUGGACUUCGCAUUCAAUCAGAAUUUGGAGGAAAAGACUUCAUAUUCACUGGCAAGACUGCAGGACCAGAAUAAAGCCUUGGAAGGGCAGCUGCCACCUUUACAAGAAACCUGGUAUGGAAGAUAUUCUACAGCAUCCAGAGACGUGUAUUUUGACAUCCCACUGGAACACAGAGAAACAAGUAUUAUUAAAAGGCAUCCACCUCAAAGACUUCAAAAGCUUGAACCCAUUGACUUGCCGCGAGUAAUUACUUCAGGAAGACUCCUGAGCCAGCGAGAAGCCAGGACAAUGCACAAAGCAAAGCAGGUACCAGAAAAGAAAAUGCAAACUCCAAUGUAUACUUCUGAGAACAGACAAUAUUUGCAUAAGAUGCAAAUGCUGGAAAUGAUCUGUAAAAGACAAGAGGCCCAAAUGGAGUUAAAGAAAAGUCUUCAUGGAGAGGCAAGAAUUCAUAAGCAAAGUCCAAGGGACCAUAAAGCCAAGAAAACUCUUCAAAGCACCCCAAGGAAUGAUGACCAUGACCUUCUAACCAUGUUGCCUGAUGAAAUCUUGAACAGAGGUCCCGGAAAUUCAAAGAAUACAGAAUUUUUGAAGCAUCAAGCAGUGAAUAACUACUGUCCCCGGAAAAUUGGCAAAAUGGAAACAUGGCUUCAUGAACAAGAGGCCCAGGGACAGCUUCUCUGGGACAGUUCCAGCUCUGACUCAGAUGAGUUGGGGAAAGAUGAGAAGAAGCCACGAGCACUGGUGAGGACCAGGACAGAGAGAAUCCCACUUUUUGAUGAGUUUUUUGAUCGAGAAUAAGAAUACUAUUCAUUAACCUAGAUACUGAGUGCAUUGAAAGCUUGUUUUACUCUCAAAAUCUUCCAAACUGAUAUAUGAAUUACUUUGAGGAAAGCAAAUCACUUUGGUAAAAAGAAAUGAUAUCUUUAGAGUCUUAUGAUUAACAAGUCAGUCAUAUGUGCUGUUAACUACUGCUGCAUAACUAAAUGCCUCAAAACACAGGGGCUAACCAAGAGCCAUUUUAUUGUCUCACUUUCCUGUGGGUUGCUGAGUUCAGCUAGGUGGUUCUUCUGCUGUUUCCUUUUGAAAUCUUUCAUGUCAUUGAAAUUGGACUACAUUUGGACUACUAGGACUGGAGUCAUCCAGAGGCCCCAUUAGGACACUGACACAGGGGGACCUUGCCCCCUAUCCAUAUAGUCUCAGAGCAUCUGCACAUGAUCUCUUCAGCAGGACACUGCAGAGAUUUCUCUCAUAUGAGCCCAGGGCUCCCAAAAGCAAUUGUCCCAAGAGGAGGAAACAGAAGUUGCCAGUCUUCUUAAAAGCUAGUCAUAGAACUGACUUUGCAUCACUGCCACCAUGUUCUGUUGGUUAAAGUCAUAGGCCAGCUUGGAGUUAAUGCCAAAGAGGACUACACAAGGGCAUGAAUGCCAAAGUGUGAUCCUUUGGGGUUCAUCUUUGAGACUUGCCACCUCACCAUGUUUUUAAAAAAGAAAAUUAGAUUACAUAAAACAAAUAGAUGGGCUGGAUGUGGUGGCUCACACCUGUAAUCCCAGCACUUUGGGAGGCCGAGGUGGGCAGAUCACUUGAGGUCAAGAGCUCAAGACCAGCCUGGCCAACAUGGUGAGAUGCUGUCUCUACUAAAAAUACAAAAAUUAGCCAGGCAUGGUGGCGUUCGUCUGUAAUCCCAGCUACUUGGUGGGGAGGCUGAGGCAAGAGAAUUGCUUGAACCCAGGAGAGAGAGGUUGCAAUGAGCCAAGAUCACUCCACUGCACUCCAGCCUGGGUGACAGAAUGAGACUGUCUCAAAAGUAAAAAACAAAAAACCAAAAACAAAUAGAAGAAAAAGUAGACUGGAGACAAAUAAAAGUGAGUUUCUAAAGGAAAGUCAUAGUAACGCUGCAUUAAACACUAAGCCCACUUAGGUCACUUUCUAGUGAGCUAACCAUAACAGAGAGCCUACAGGAUACAGGUGAGAUAAUGUCAUGUGUAGAAGAUCAUUGUGAAUUAAAUUUCAAAAUUAAGACUUCUUAGAUUAUGAUGUAGAUUUUAGAGCUCCUUAAAAAAUAAAACGAAUGUUAUAAAUGUUCAAUUCUAAAGUUAUUCCACUUAGAAAAGUCAGCUUUUGGGACAAUUUUUAAGAACUUUUGUGUAAAAUGCAGCUCCAUGUUUAGCAUAAUCUAAAAAUAAUUUUAAGCAACCCAGAAUCUUCCAAGAAUUUAGUAAAGCUUUAAAACAAAGCAAAACAAAAAGACCCUUUUAUGCCUUAUAUGGGAAGCCCCCAAAAUCAGAAAAAAAUAGAGGAAAACACCACUUCAAUUUGACAUUCAAUCCAUUCACAUCAGAAACUAAGAAGAUAACAAGCCUGAGAUGUCAGGCGAUAAAAAUUCAUGUUUCUUCCAAGGACGGAAGGCUAUUAGAUUGUCCCUGGCCAUAUCUAUUCCCAGUUCUUUGUGAGUAGUCUUCUUACUUUUUCUGUGGUAGGUAAGAAGCAUAUUUCCACCAAAAGAAUGCAUGCAUUGUUUGACUAGUCAGCCUUCUAGAAAAAAUGAGAUCCUUGAGAGGAUAAACAAAUCCAACCUGUUCAUGGUGUCCUCACUUAUUGUGGUCAAUAUGGAAGGCUUAAAACACAAAAAAUGGGAUGGACAACUUUGAACACUAAAAUUAGUGGAGCCAAAGGCACGUCUUCACCAUUCUGUUCUGUGACUUGAAAUUCAAUUUCACGAAACCCACUUCCACAAGCUUAAUGAACUGUGAGCUACAUGAGGGCAUAAACUAUGCCUUCUUCCUAUGGUAUUCCUGCUUCCUAGCAUGACAGCUGGCAAAGAGUUUAUCAUUAAAUGUUUCUGAACUAAUGAAUGUGUUGAGUUUACUAGUCAAUUAGAGAAACACUUGUUUCUCUCCAGCUAUGCAGUUGCUCACCCUCAUUUCCAUCAUCUCCCAGGAGUCUUGGAUAGACAAGGUUGAUUAUACAGUAAAGAAA